AUGGCUCCGAGCUCAUUUAAAACUCAGACACCCGGGCGUCUCGCGAUUUAUGGUCCUCUCAUCCCAACACUGACCACCAUGGCCAUCCGUAACCUGGUGAAUCUUGCCUUGUCUGGUGUUUCUGAUGAGGUGGACUCAAACGGUAACCUCGUCUUGGAGUCUCCUAGCAUACUGGAAUGGGAUGGGGAGACUAGAAGAAAUCUCUUCGUUGCAAUACCAUUCGCCUUCGAGCCUCGCAUAUUGAAAUGGAGGGAAGAUGUCGCCAACGCUCCAUUCGCUGACCUUCGACCGGAUGAGGCAGUUCGCCAUAACUUUUGUCUUCCCGUCAAUCGACUACCGAACGAACUUGUGUUGACCAUCUUCGAUCUCUACCGCGCUUCUUACGGCGAUCCUUAUACAACAACGGAAUCGCAUCCGGUCAUGACCCUCCUUCAGGUUUGCCAUCGGUGGCGACAUCUAGCCAUGGAAAGCCCGUCACUUUGGACCUCUAUCAUCGCGGACAACGCCCAGAUGUCUCGCAUAGCCCUGGAACAGUCGAAGGACUCCCCUCUCAAUGUGUACCGUUUCGACUAUGAGCCCCGCAACGACGCGGACGAUGCUCUCGUGCUUGUUCUACAGCCAGAAUAUUUCCCCCGCGUUCGUGUGUUAGAGCUUGCUUUCCAAUCGGACACCCGCGAAUGCAUGGAGAACAUGCUGGACCGCUGCUCCGCUCCCGCCCUCGAGAGGCUAUUUAUGGCUUCAGGAGACUCGCAAUUUCUCGAUUUUCAGGCAACCUUCCUCAAUGGCGGAGCGCCGAGGCUACACCGAGCAGAAUUCAGGAACUGUGCCCCCCACUGGGGUCCAUCGCUUUUUUGUUCAGGCAUAGUGGACUUACUGCUGACCGACUUUCUGUGCCCUCCAACUUCCUCCGAUAUGGAUGCGUUCGUCAAAGCUCUGGCUCGACUCGAGUGUAUGGAGACCCUGUUCAUCCAGUUUCAGGAUUCUCAAAAUAAUGCGGUCUCCAACUCGCCGCCCCGACCAAAUGCUUCUCCUACCUCUUUGCCGAAUAGCCUGCAAUCUUUGAAAGUCACAGGAACAAUUACCCACUGCGCCAGACUUCUCACCCAUCUAGCACGCGUUGCAACUAUCCCAGUGGUCGGCCUAAACGUCGAGCACAGGCCCGACCUCGAGGAUUGGGCCAAAGAAUGUUCCCGGCUGGUCAAGGAGCUCCGCCGGCAGUUCAAGCCUAUUUCUUACGACUUCGUCCGUAUCGAUGGAUUGGACGGCUGUGGGUUCAGCUUCGAAGCACUUGAAGAAGGUUACCUUGAGUUCUGUUUCCGCAUCUCUUAUCCACCAAACGCAGUACCCUUCGAGACUAUGCUAGCCUGCUCUUCCUCAAUCGUUCGCCGGUUGCCUUUCACCUACCCGUUCAACCUUUCCGUAUCUUCUCUCAGUCCCAUCCCUAGCUCCUGGCUUAUCUCCACCUUCUCCCACCUCUCGUUCGCAGUCGAAGAGCUCUAUCUGACCGGAGAAUCACUCGUCGACGAGUUCAGCACGAUUUUCGGCAUGCCUUUGGAAUCGACGACGCUAGGCAAGGACCAGUACGACGAGUCGGAUCCUUCCGUCUUUUUGUUCCCGGCACUCGCAUUCAUUUCGUUGAAAGACGCGAAGCUGGACUUACUGCUCUACGCGGCGGAUGACGGCCCUUUCGAAUCUGGGUCUCUAUAUCAGGGCCUGGAAGCCCGUCGUGCGGUAGAAGGCUUGGGUCUCCAUCGCCUCCAGAUCAUCGAAUGUCAGAUUUCCGCCCAGACUGUAGAAGACGCGAGAAGGGUGGUAGACGUCGUUACCUGGGAUGAGGAGCCUGAAGUCGUCGACGACGAUGCGCUGGUAGAUGAUGAUGGUGAGAUGACCGAUGAAGAGGUUGAUGACGACGAGCUCGAGAUCGAUAAGGGUGGAGAUCGUGGACCUGACAGUAACGAAGCUGACAGCCAGGUCUAUUAUAGCGAGGAAGAGGGCGGCAUUAUUUAUGUUAGUGAUUCGGAGGAUGAGAAAGCAAUCAAACCUGGAUUGAUUCGCGCCACAUUCAUACUUGGAGAGGUGCCACUGCUGCGUUGA